UGCCUGCCCCAUAGGCCCUCCUUCCUCUCCUUACCCCUCCACACCUCCUGCCUCGGGAUUCAAAAGCAGCCAAGCCUAAAAAGGCCUGCGGAAAAGCUCUGAGCUUAUCUAGAGCUGCUACCAAGAGCACCCAGCAAGAGCCUCCCAGGAUGAACGGCUUCCUCUUCCUUCUACUCACCUUCAGCUUCCUGGCUCUGACUCAGAUACAAACUGGAGUCUUGGGACAGACGACUGCUGCUGGGACUACUGCCGCGGCCGCGGGCAACACGAACACUGCGGGCGGCGGCGGCGGCGGCGGCAGCGGCGGCGGCGGGGGCGGCGGCAGCGGGGAAGGCAGCAGUGGUGCCGGCGGUGGUGCCGGGGGCGGUGCCGGCGGUGGUGCCGGCGGUGGUGCCGGGGGCGGUGCCGGCGGUGGUGCCGGCGGUGGUGGUGCCGGCGGUGGUGCCGGCGGCGGUGGUGCCGGCGGUGGGGCUGGCGGUGGUGGGGCCACCACGGUCAAAGGUUCCACAACGUUGAGACCUACCAAAGGUGGGGCCCCAGCUCUCAGCAACAUGGAUGGUGGCAGUGUCCUUUUCUUCUUGACCAACACCCUCAUCCACCUUUUCUACCUCAGCUGAGGUGACAGUGUCACCUCUAGCUCUAUGCCCCCUGAAAUAGCCGCCACCAUCACUAGCCAGAGAACACCUGCCCUCCGCCAACCCUCAGGAUGAUCCCAAGUGGUAGAAGUUGACAGGCAGUGCCACACAGGCAGUGGCCACACAGAGGUACUGAUGUGAAGGGGCAAGCUGGGGCUCAAUAAAGUUCUCCUUG